AUGCCGGGGAGCAAUCCUCGUGCUGGCGCUAUCCGCGUCCUGUCACGGGGCGUCCAGCGAUCUUGUCCCCUUCUCGGGCAUCAUCUUAUCUCUCGGAGUCAUUUCUCCUUUAAUUUUUCUUCCGUGGAGUUAAGGUCAGCAAGACUGGUUGUUGUCCCCAAGCUGGGGGAGGCGGGCCAGGCCUGCCGGCCGCGGCUGCGGGAGCUAACGGUGCGCGGCUCUGCGGCUCUGCUCCACCAUUCCAUGCUAGUUUCCAUUGUUGGAAUGGCACUGUACACAGGCUAUGUGUUCAUGCCUCAGCACAUCAUGGCAAUAUUGCACUACUUUGAAAUUGUGCAGUGAUGAAGACCGUGUUUUCAAGAAGUAUUCGGGCUCUGAGAUCUGGUCUGCAAAGAAGAAUGAACUUCUUAGUUUUUAUAAGACUUCUACCACUGUCAGAAAGACACAAUUAUGACUCUGAAGGCUAGGAAAUAAGAUGUGUAGAGCAGGGACACGAGAUGUCCCCUAUGUUGUGUUCAUUCCUUUUAAUUUUACAAGAUAUGCCCUUGUAUAGUAGUUUUGUCUACUUUAACAUUGUGAUUGUACUUUGAUAUCAGUAUUUUCUUAACUUUGUGACAGUUUCAAUAUUGCACUGUGAAAGCUUUUCUUAAUUGUAAUUUUCGGUAAAUCUUAAUUGCCUUCUAUUUUUAAUCAGAAAGUCGUCUUAUUAAAUGAGGCUUAAAGCUUU